ACCUGCCAUCCUAAACAUCUUGUUGCAUGCUGGGUAAUGAUCGGAGAGAGAGGUAGAGGAGGGGACAGUACCAUUACCGGCAGAGUCUAGCUUUAAUGAAUAUAUAUGCCAUUCAUAAUCAUAUAUGUCUGGUUUUAUCAGUAUUAGACCGCAUAUGUCUGUCUUGUUCUGAAUCAUGUGGUUGAAUCUUCAAGGUCCCUGAGGUAACGUUAACGUUAAGUUAUUUUUUGCUAUCUAGGCUUCUAGCAAACAUAGGUUGAUGACUCGGACGCGGAAAGAGAGCACUCUCAUGGAUUGAUGCUAAAUGUCGUUAGCUAGUGUUAGCAGCAUUGACUAAUAAUCUUGAGAAUGACGAAGGAAUCGUUUUAACGUUAUUGGGAGCGACAGUUACCAGCGAUACAACUAGUGGGCUACACGGCAGUUUAGUGAUCAUUCAGGUGUGACCCCGUGGUUUCUGGUGUGACUGGACAGGACGAUGGAGCCUGAUGUCAUCCGCAUGUACUCUUCCUCUCCUCCUCCGAUGGAGGAGGGUGCAGAGGAGGAUGAAGACGAGUUUGGUGACUUCUCUGGAGUACCCAACAGCAUCAGCCUCACUGACUUUAACAUGGCGACCACAUUCAACCAGUCACAGACCCUCGCUGCUACCUCUCCCCCAGAGCUCCUCAAUGGUGGACUCUCAGGCCACGGGGGAUCUGCUAAGGCCAAUGGAAUAGUCCCGGGGCAAGGAGACGGGGCCCCGGGGAGGACAGUUAGCGCAGACGAGCUAAAACAGUUAGCGGAGCGUUCACAAACCACUACCCACACAGACUCUGUGCUGAUCGGGGAGAGAGACUGGACUGAGGGGGAGCGUUCACAAACCACUACCCACACAGACUCUGUGCUGAUCGGGGAGAGAGACUGGACUGAGGCGGAGCGUUCACAAACCACUACCCACACAGACUCUGUGCUGAUCGGGGAGAGAGACUGGACUGAGGGGGACAGUGAGGCCUGUAACGGCAACCCAGAGGGCACCAGUCGACUCACAAAUGGGUUCGCAGCUUUUGAUGAACGAGGAACCCCUCCCCUUGAGCCUCAUGCACCUGUCAAACCCAGAGGCCCAGACCCCCAUGCUGCUGCUACUGACUGCUGCCUGACUUCGACUGGCACGGAUGAGAAUGAGGAUGACUUUGCAGAUUUUGCAGCAUUCUCCAACACUAACAGCCACGGUCACAGCAACGACGUCACGAACCAGAAAGAUAGCUGGGGAAACCCGUUUGUUGCAGAGUGGCAAGCGGAACAUGAUGUCCCCCGAGCUCCGAGCGCUGAUGGAGAGCGUGGGGAGUCAAGCUCGGAGGAGAAUGUAAUUAGGGACCCUUGUGGUGCUGAGAUGGAUCUGCAGUCGCUCCCCAGCGGGACCUCAGGGGGACUGAGGAAUGGAGACGGUAGCGUCCACUCAUGGCCUGAGCCUGAGCCUGGGCCUGAUAUAACUCUAAGGGACAUGGAAACUGACACCUCACACACUACAGACACACAGUGCACACAGCAGAGAAAGAUCACUCUUAAUGGAGCGAUGCAAGAUGGCUCAGACGAUGAAGGGGUCAAGGUUCACAGCUCCGUCUCGCCCAGCGUGGCGUGCACAGACGACCAGUUAGAGGAGAAACCGGACAGCUCUGGCAAUGACAGCGAGCCCGAGACGGAAACGGAGACGUCGUUCGGUCGGCCGCUCUCCACCGACGCCCUGGAGGAGUUUGGUGAUUUCAGCACCACGUGCUCCGUUCCGUCACCACCGCUGCAGGAGGAGACGGCCACGCCGGCGGAUCACAGUCAGAUGCCGGACGACGGAGACGAGGAAGAGUUCGGUGACUUUGGAGACUUCUCGUCAACGCCGGGAGGCUUUGGCAGCGGGCAGGAAUUCACCGCCUUUCCACAGAGACCACACGUGUCGGGGGUGGCUAGCGCAGACGCCGCACACGAAGAUGGGAGAGAGGACUCAACGUUGGAUACAGAAGAGUUCAUCUCCGUUUCCCCCGGAGACCCAACAGAGCCUGAACAUACGGCAGACCAAGACCAGCGGUCAGAGGAUGAGCUUGGGAGUAUACCUGUGAGCGAUAGUUUCGCAGACUUCCACUCGGCUCCAGUGGGGUGCGACGAGAGUGGGGGGACUGAAGACUGGACUGCCUUUGACGAGCAGCACGAGGAGAAGGACCCGGGAGCAGGAGGAGGUGCUGGAGGAGAGUCCUGGGCCAGCUUCGGGCCUCCCCAGACAACAGCACUCUCAGAGGAGCCCUCAGAGGACGACUGGCAGGACAGCCAGCAGCCAAUCACAGUGCCUCCCAGCUGUAGCAGUGACAGCGGCAGGACAGAGGAGGCAACAGCUGCUGCGCUGUUGUGUCGGGUGGAGAGGCUCUUCCAGACCAGCUUCCCUGAGGCACCCAUGACCCCUGUGGAAGAGGAGGUGAUUCACCUGCAGAGUUUCCUGCAGCCAGAGGGGUCGGAGGGCGCAGCCGUGAACAAGGGUGUUCGGGUGGACGUGUGGAGCCAGUUGCGGGACGUUCACAAUGCCUUUGGCCUCAAGCACCAGUGGGGUGGUUCCCAUAGCAACAAGAUGCUGUUGUGCUCUCUGGGAAUCGACACAAGGAACAUUCUGUUCACCGGUCAGAAGAAGCAGCCAGUCAUUGUGCCCAUGUAUGCAGCCAGUCUGGGAAUGCUGGAGCCGACCAAAGAACCAGUGAAACCCGUCUCAGCAGCGGAGAUGAUCGCCUCAAUAGCACAGACGCCAGCAGUGGCCACGGAAAUAACCAGCACGACCACAGACACAGGCCAGGAGGUGCUCCCACCUGUCCAGUUUGAUUGGAGCAGCAGCGGCCUUACGAACCCUCUGGAUGCGAGUGGCGGCUCCUCUCUGCUUAACCUGGACUUCUUUGGGACGAUGGAGGAGCUGGUGCCCAGCAGUGGCACCUCCAUCCCAGGUGUGGAUCCUGAGCUGUACGAGCUCACGACAGCCAAGCUGGAGCAGAGUGGCACAGGCAGCCGGGUCGCCGACGCCUUCGCCCGCCUUAUGUCUACUGUGGAGAAGACCAGCACAUCCACCAGAAAGCCCCGCAAGGAAGAGAACCUUAGUGAAGAGGCUCUGAAGGUCAUCACCAGCCUCCCAGACCUGUCCUUUAUGCAGGCCAAGGUGCUGAUGUUCCCCACCUCCCUCACGCCUCUGGCCUCAUCCGCCAUCCACACAGCUGACUGACCCACGACUCUCCACUCUGGCCUCUCCGCUCCACUGCUCUCCUUCGCUGUGCUUCAUCCAGGGCGUGAGGAACUUCUCCCUUCAUCCAGGGCGUGAGGAACUUCUCCCUUCAUCCAGGGCGUGAGGAACUUCUCCCUUCAUCCAGGGACUGAGGAACUUCUCCCUUCAUCCAGGGCGUGAGGAACUUCUCCCUUCAUCCAGGGCCUGAAGAACUUCUCCCUUCAUCCAGGGACUGAGGAACUUCUCCUUUCAUCCAGGGCGUGAGGAACUUCUCCCUUCAUCCAGGGCGUGAGGAACUUCUCCCUUCAUCCAGGGCGUGAGGAACUUCUCCUUUCAUCCAGGGCGUGAGGUACUUCUCCCUUCAUCCAGGGCGUGAGGAACUUCUCCCUUCAUCCAGGGCCUGAAGAACUUCUCCCUUCAUCCAUUUUGCUUCUGGGUUCUCAUAUUAUUUUUUUUACCUCCCAAUGUUUUUUCCUUUCUUUUUUCUUUUUGAAUGAGUUUUAAAUCAUUUUAGUCCCAUUCAAUAGUACCCAGUAGUGAGGAGGAGCUGGUAUGUCUGACCAGGGGAGAUUAUUGUGGCUUCAGAACAAGAACUGGACAUGAUACUGUUUGAAUUAAGAAAAUAUAUAAACAUUGGUUGUUAGAGCUGUUUGAUUGUGAGAAUUUGUUAGAAGAAUCAAUCUGUAUAUAAUCAGGGAUGAUUUGUGUUCUUCAUUCAUUUGAAGAUGAUCUUAAUCAACGGUGUGGGUGAGCUGUGAGAGUGUAAUAUGUGUGUCUUAAAUGAGGAAACACUGGUUUAAAAUCCUUUAGGCAAGGUGCAGAUGAAGUCGGAAGAUAAUAUAACUUGAAUACCACACUGCCUGCAAGAUUGAGCUGUCGUGUCUGUGCUCCUGCUUUAGUUUGAAAGUCUGUUUGGUUCGGAGGACACCCGUCCUUUACUCCGAUUGGAUUUUCCAACACGUGUAUGCACCAGUACCGUGCUCUUUUGUUUCGCUCCUGUUAUCAUGGCCAGUCUUUUAUCAUGUCUCCCAUGAUAACACAUCUAAAGUCACAACCGAUGGCUGCAUCAUGUAGCUGUGUGUGUGUGUGUGUGUGUGUGUGUGUGUGUGUGUGUGUGUGUGUGUGUGUGUGUGUGUGUGUGUGUGUGUGUGUGUGUGUGUGUGUGUGUGUGUGUGUGUGUGAGCGAGAGAGAGAGAGUCGGAGAUAAUUUGUUGCACCUGCUGUAAUCUGUAAUCUAUUUUGUAGUUCAUGCACCUUUUUGUUCUUUUUUUCUAUAUUUGUAGCUUCAGUCCAAACCACUGGCAAAUAUUUCUUUUGAAGGAAAAAUCAAGAGUGAAGGGUCAGCUCAGUAGGGAACAAGGGACCAAUUUCUGCUUCUGUUUUUUGUGUGUACCCUGUUGUGCUUUCUUUGCUCAUCUGCGCUCAUCAUUCUGUAUCUACCCCCUUCAUUCUUGUCAAUACCACUGUUGACCACCUGUUGUCCUGGAGGAUUUUUGCACAUUGUAAUGAUAAAGUGGAUGUACCGUCAUAGUUCUCUGUGGCUGCUGACAACAGAUGAAACUAUGGCCUGUAAAAUGUAUGGGGAAGUUCCUAUGGAAAACGAGUCACUUGAAGAGCCUGUACAUAUGUACGUGCAUGCCAGGGUUCUUUUCAGAUUAUAAGUGUGUAAAUUUACUUUUAGUGUACACAACAAAUAAAAAUAUGUAAUUUAAGAGUAAAA